UACGAUGAAGCAUGAAUGAGAUUCGAGUGCACAGCCUGCUGUUGGAGAGAUACAACACACAGUUUCAGGGACUACUUCAAAAACUCAUCAGACCGGCUGCAGGAACAGUAUGCAGCUACUCUAAUAACCUCGCCAACAGACCCGUCAACAAUAGUAUGCACCGACCCCUUAAACUAAAGAUCCAGAAUGCUCUUAACCAAGUGAUAAUAGGCGAUGCCGAGUCUCGUGGUCUCUUUGUAGGAGGACGACGAAGAAAUCGAAAGAAGAGGAGGACAAGAAAUGUUAAAGAGAAAAAGAAGGCGAGGAAGAGUGACGGGAAAGGUUCCCCGGUGAUAGUGAGAUACAACAAUAAUGAACAAACUGUUGUCCCGGCUGACGAGCGGCCUCUCAUUGAAUCGGACUUCGACUCCACACUGUCACUCACUGUCACUGACGACUUGCACUACGUGGAUGACUUACCUCCCCUUAUCGACACCGAAGAUCAGGAACAUUUAGACCCAGAGGAGGAGAUGCCUUUCGGAUUUUUGAAGCGAAAGAAUAAAGCAAAUUCUGAUAAGGAUGUCAUUUUGGAAGAGGAGGUAAAGAUGGUGGCUGGGUCGCCAGUCACAGAACAAGAGGUGGCCAAUACUGAACAACUUCCGGAAGUUGAGGAGAUAGAUUCUCAACAAAUCAAAGAAAAUCAAGACACCGAAAAUAACAAAGCUCCCGAGGAUUCCCAAAGUUACCAGGAUUAUGAAGAUAAACCGGAAGCAGAAGCCAAAAGUAACGAGAAUUCCGUAGAUGAACCGGAAGCAGAAGAUGCAACUGUUACUAUGACUCCGCAAGAGGAGCCCGCUGUUCUUGAGACAGAAUGCAAGGCUAGCCUUCCGGAGUCGCAAGUGGAGACCACUGAUGAAGUGGUGCCAGCAGUUGUUGAAGUGGACCCUGUAGAAGAGGUGAAACAAAAGGAGAUGACUCCGCAACUGGAGGUAGAUGACAGUCAGGACGGGAUACAGAGCGAGGAAACAGUCAUUCAUGAACAAAUUGGGAAAGAGGUGCGAGACGACCAGCCCAGGCCAGUCAAUGGCACAUCGAUCGAGGAGUCGUCUCCCCUUAUUAAGAAGCAAGAACCGGAAGUGGACAUGAAUUUCAUGUGCUGUGUUAUUCUGUAACCGAGUCAAUAUAUCGGGCAAUACCUAUUGCCUGACAAAACGAAAUCUAAAAAAAAUAUAUAAGUUUUGCCUUUAGUGAAACGUUAGACAUCUAUGUGCCUUAAUAUGUUUGGCUGUGAUUAUUCAUGUAACAAUGAACGCCCCUUAACCUAUUGUUAAACAACAUGUGGUUCUGUUAUUGUCAAUAAAGUACGUGUAGUUAAUUUCAGAAGAAAUAAUAAUUAAUCCAGAUAUAUGCAAUAAAUGAUUGAAGCUGGCAGCUGAUGUAGCUGAAAUGGUAAUGAAGCUGAGGUAUUGAUUAAGAACCACAAGUCGUUGAGAUGAUAGUUUUUAUUUUUAUGCGCAUUUUAACUCUAUGUUAAUGGUGCUCAUUCCUGUCUUUCCUAUUUAUAUACCCUUUGCAAGUUGUUUUCGUUUAUUUUAUGUAUCCUUAUCAGUUGUUGUUAUGUAAAAAAUAUAGUUUCCAUAAUCCUCUUAUAAUAUGUAAAUAUACAAAAAUUAUUCUAUAUACACUGUGUAUCUUAGGCCAGUGCGAUAGGACUGUAAUAUCAUUGGGAUAGUGCUUUUAUUAGUAAUAGUUUAUCAGCGGAUAAUUCAGAUCAGGAUUUAUAGUAUCAAUUAAAGUGUAUUAUACCGUACAUUGUAAUUAUAUAGUAUCAAUUAAAGUG